AGCAAUCUAUUAUUGACUUUGCUUACAACAUUUAGCAACAGUAAGUUAAUUAGUUGAGAUCAGCAUGUAAUUAGGAGCCACGUAUGAUGCUUCUGUGUUUACCUUGCUAAAUAAUGAACUUUUUAGUAAUUCCAUUAACUGCAAGCAAAAGUUUAAGGUUUCAUGUUAAUCUUGAUGCGUUUAGCUUCAUUAAAUUCAUUAAGUUGCACUUCACUGUACCUUUAAGAAUAGAGUUUUCUAGGAGUGUUAAGGCAAGCAAAAUCAGGUACAAUGACGGGAUUGUGCCGAGACAAGUUACUGCAGUGGAAUAAAUAUCUGACACUAGUUUCCUGAAGUACUUGGAGGCCCCAAAAACAGUAACUUUCAUUUGGCAAUUGAUUGAGGCCAUCCUUUUUAUGAUAAAAAUAACCUAGAAUUUGGUAGUUUCCAAGAACAAAAUGACCUGCUAGCCAGCACCUUCUUUCAAAAAGAAAUGGUGAAAAAUAAAUCCAUAAAGUUAUAAAUAAUAAUUAAGCAGGUAAAGAUGAACCUUUAACUUUUGAUUAAACAAAUUAAAGUAACAUUCCCACUUAAGCGAUUUUGCGUGGUGGUUGUUUCAUGACUCUUGACUAAUAGAAUUUUAGCUAUUGAAGUAUUGAUCAAUCGAUUCAUCAAAUUUUAACUCUCCUUCUAGUUCUGUUUCGUGAUUCUUGGGUCUAACCAGACAUGAUGAUCCAUGGUUUCUCUUCACCUCUAAACAAUGAUUUUCCUGCUGGUCUUCGUGUUCUAGUUGUCGAUAAUGAUCCCACCUGGUCCAGAAUCCUUGAAAAAAUGCUGAAGAAGUGCUCUUACCAAGUGGCCACCUGUGGUUCAAGAGAUGCUCUGAAUAUGCUUCGUGGAAGGAAAGAUGAAUAUGACAUUGUAAUUUGUGAUGUGACUACGUCUGACAUGGAUGGUUUUAGGCUUCUAGAGCACAUUGGUCUGAAGAUGGAUUGUCCUGUCAUUAUGAUGUCUGUUGAUGGAGAUGCAAGUGCAUUGCAGAAAGGUGUUCGGCAUGGAGCAUGUGAUUAUCUUCUUAAGCCAAUACGCAUGAAAGAACUUAGGAAUAUAUGGCAGAAUGUAUUCAGAAAAAGAAUACAUGAGGUAAGAGAAUGUGAAAUUCUUGGAUCAGAUCAGGCCUGUGAUGGGCCCUUGCUUCGUGGAGAAGAUCUGGCUUCAGUCAAGAAAAGAAAAUAUGCUGAUCAGAAAGCUGAUAUUUCUUCCGCAAAGAUGGCCAGAUUGGUUUGGACUGUAGAUCUUCAUCAGAAAUUUGUAAAAGCUGUUCAUCAGAUUGGAUUUGAUAAGAUUGGUCCAAAGAAAAUUCUUGACAGGAUGAACGUGCCAUGGUUGACGAGAGAAAAUGUUGCAGGGCACUUGCAGAAGUACCGCCUUUAUUUGAGUAGAUUGCAGACUGAAAAGGACCUAAAAUUUGCUGGCUUAUAUUCGAGUGUGUUGAAGAAGCAAAUUGGCCUGAGAAUUGCUUGUGUUUAUCUGAACAAAAUUGCUUCUAACUUUAUAAAUUUCUCAGUUUCCCCUUCUAGAGACUCCCCUAGAAGUAUUAGCACAGGGUACUCGUGCAACAUCCGGCAAAACUAUGCUUCUAACGGUGGUGGUGGUAGCUCUGGAUUUACUGGUAAUGACUUGAUUCUUCACAAUGUGGAAAAUAGAAGCUAUGAAACAGAUGAAGAGGAGAUUGUCUCAAUGCCUUUGAUAAAAGAUCAAGAGAGAAUUGUUUCACUGCCUCUGGCAGAACCCUGGACUUCUACAACUGUUGAUGAUCCUGAUCCUUGGAACUCCAGGACUUCACAGACUGGAUUUAGUCGUUCUUCAGAAUCAGAAGUAAGAUUUGCAGCAUUUGAUUCUACUUUCCUGUUUGGAAAAUCAAGGGAUGAUGAAGAGGAGCAUAAGAAUGAUGAAGAGGAUUAUAUGGAUGAAGACCCAAAAUGACAGGAAAGUUUUCUUGCUCAUUAAAGCAGUGACCCUGUCUUUGCUAGUGGAUUUGGACGAAUUCUGCACACCCAGAAAAUAGUAUCAAGAAUUGGGUUUUAAUUUUUGUUCAACUUGAGGUUCAACAGACUGAAUUUUAUAUGCAUUUACUAAUUCUAAUUUCUCAUUUCAAUUUCUGAAAAGAAACUCCGGCAAAAACAAAAAUAUGCAAAUUAAUUUUGAUGGUCAUAAACGCUUAACUUGCUCCAAUUUUCCAUUUUUAAGUGUUUAUAUGAAAGAAUACUUGAGAAAAAUCAAAAUGUCCGAACAAAAAUCAAGACACAAUUGUUUUGUUUUGUUUCCUCAAAAACCUUGGAAGCCAGGAGUUUCAGUGACUCAAAACACGAGACAGGACAAGGCUGUAUCGUAUUCCAUCAAGUACGGUCGUUUCUUCUAAUGACACACCCAUAGAAGAGAUUAAUUAUUAUUUCAUUUACAGACUAUCGAAUCAACUAACACUGUAUUGAUUAUUAAUUAUAUCAUAUUAACGUUUAUUAAUAUUAUAUAUUUUAAUAAAAGAUAAAGAUGUGAUAUUUUGAUAGCAAUUUAAAAAAUAAACCAAAGUAAAAAAAAGCAAUUUAAAAAAUAAACCAAAGUAAGACAAAAAAAAAAAAAAAAAACAAAAGUAGGUUACUUUGGUUUCUUUUUCCAUAAAUUAAAACCAAUAAAGAGUCUAUUUUGGUCCAAAUUAAGGUUCUAAUUCUUUUUUAAAUUAAAGUUUAAUUAAGAAGAAAAAGAUUGGAGCUGAUUAACUGAGACGUAAAUUGGGCGCCACCUAGCACCGAUUUUCUUUGCACUUUCUUUCUUUCUUUCUUUUUCCAAAGUUUAACGCAGUCCAUUCCUGUUGCAUUUCUGCGUGCGUAUUCUUGAAUCUCACCGCUUAUUAUGGAGAAGGUUCCCUCUAACACUCGAACCGAUGCUUUUCCUGCUGGUUUACGAGUUGUUGUUGUGGAUGAUGAUCCCACCUGGUUGAGCAUCCUUGAGAGAAUGCUCAAGCGGUGCUCUUGUGAAGGUUACUUGCUUUAUACUUCUGUUCUGUGCUGUUCUUGUUCUUGUUUCUUAUAACUCUUAUUGCUUAUCACUCUGUCAGAAAGCUUGCUUGUCCGUAUCUUUUUCUUUACUUAAUUUUAUGGCUUAUUUUCUGUUACCUAUAUUGUGGCUGCUGGUCACGUUUCAUCUCCAUCUGAUGCUAAGCUCAAGAAAACUGGACUCUGACACAGAAAAUUCUUUUACGGUUUAUUUUCUGUUUUAUGAAUUUGAUUAGAUGUUGAUAUUUACGCUCAGCCGACAUGAAUCAGUUGGAUUUAACUAUUCUAUAAAUCAAAUUCCAGUUGUUUUACAUGGGUUGUUCAUAAUAGCUUCAAAUCUUGGUCGAAAAGUGUUUUUUAAGCUCAAAAUUUAUUUUGUUCAACUCUACGUUACACUUCUGAAACACUAAAAUGAAUUACGUUCCCGUAUUGGACACAUAGCAAUGAUUAUAACAAGGUGAGCCUUGUCUCAUUAGAAGGCACAUUCAAGUUUCUUCACCAACCCAGAAAGUUAAAUUAAAAAAACUGAUAGAGACUCGUCUAAGGUGAGUCGUUCUAAAGGUGAAUCACCAGGCGAGUUAGAAACUCGCUUUUAUCAAUAAAUCUGGAACUGAUUCAAUGGACAUAAAACGGGAGACCCUUGCGACCACAAGGCCCUACCUCUAUAAAACUGGAACACGCGACGAAUAUGGACAUGGACAUGACUGACAUUACUCCUAGAAAUACCCACAUAAAACAACAGUAAAGGAACAAUUACUGAUUUGCUGAGAUUUAUAAAGGAUAAUUAUGAGUUCUUGAACUGGAUUGAUGCAUUUCAAAAAGACUCGAGUACUUGGACAGGAAGAAACGCAAGUUAGGGGAUUCCAUAACUCCAUACAACUAAUAGGACUCUUGGAUUGUGUACUGGCUAAUCUUUUUAUAGAUUCAAGUUGUGGUGCAUCAGAAAUUGUGACCACCUGUUGUUCAGCAAGAGAUGUUCUGGCCUUGCUUCGCGAGAAUAGAUAUGGAUAUGACAUUGUUAUUAGUGAUGUGAUCAUGCCUGGCAUGGAUGGUAUUAUGCUUCUAUAGCAUAUCAGAAGGGAGAUAGAUCUUCCUGUCAUUUUGAUAUCUGUUGACGGAGAAAGAAGUCGGGUAAUGAGAGGUAUUCAGCUUGGAGCAUGUGAAUAUCUUCUUAAGCCAAUACGAAUGAAAGAACUUCGAAAUAUAUGUCAGCAUGUAUUCAGAAGGAAGAUACAAAAGGAAAUAGACAUUGAAAGUAUAGAAGGAACAAUACAAGUUCAAAUGGCUAUAAAUGGAUUAGACAAGUCCAAUGGUGGGCAUUUGCUUUGUGGAGAAAAUUUAACUUCAGUGAAGAUAGGAAAAGAAGUACAAAAUAAACAUGACGACAAAGGCCCUGGUGGUAAUUUUUCUACAAAGAAAUCUGCAGUUAUUUUCCAUCAGAAAUUUGACAAAGCUGUAAAUCAGAUAGGACCUGAUUCUAAGGAAAAUGGGAUAAAAUGUUCGGAUUCAGCUUCAAGAGACUCUACUGCGAGCAUUGGUACUCAGUACUCAUGCAACUGGGAGUACAUAGCGCUUCCAAAUGGUACCUGUGGGUUUUCAGGCAAUAGCACAAGUCUCCUCCGCAAUAUGGAAUCUACGAGCUAUGAUGGUGAAGAGGAAAUUUCUUCAACUCCUGUAGCAUACUCCAAAAAGUCUGAUUUUUCUGAUCCUUCAGAGUCCAAAAGUUCACAAACUCAAUAUAGUCAUUCUUCCACAUCUUCAGGAUCAGGAGCAAACUCUACAGCAUUUGAUUCAACUUUCCUGUUCAGAUCAAAACCUGAUUAUUGAUUGAUGAUAACAAACAUUGUGUAAUAAUGGAGUCAAGACCAAUCAUAUGGAAAUAAAUAGGGGCUAAUUUCCCAGAAUGAGGAUCGGAAAACACUCAUUCUUAUAGGAUUACAUGACAGAGAUACUGCCCUGCUUCUUAUGUCGUCAAGAAUUUGAAUUACAGUCUAUUUAGGCCAAGACAUUAUGAAAUCUAUACUGUAUAUUAUGGAACCUGAAACUCUCUCUCCCCCUCUGAUACUCUUAUUCAUAUUGUUUCUUUGUCCUCUUGUUUUCCCUGCUUAUCAGGAAGUCAGGACAUCAUCUCAACACUGAAUUGGGCCAACUGUGCAAACCCUGAUAUCUGUUACAGGAUGGCUUACCAGCAACUAUGACAUUAUGCCUGAGGCCCAUCUUUUCCCUUGCAUUAUCAAUAACCUCCUUCUACCUAGGAAGUUAUAUGAGCAUUUUCUUUAUGGGAAAGGGACAUAAACCUCUGAAGUUCAAUGAGAAUCAAAGGGUAUUUCUGAA